CACUCCACUCUGAGAAUCUCUUAUCGUUUUUCUCAAAUUUUCCUUUACGUGCAUCCCUCAGUGUAGCUGUGUAGGCAUCUUAAACUUGUGCUAUCGCUCAAUUUUCAAACUUCUAUGAGUAUUUGAAUACUUGAGCUCAACUGUUCUGUUUUCUCUUUGGAGGAUAUAGAGAGCUUGGAAUUCUUGACUUGGGGAUAUAUUCAAACAUGGCCAUAGAUCCUUCUACCAAAGAUAUUGAUGACAUUGACUGGAAUUCUGAAGAUGAUCAAGACAUUCAGGAUACAACUGGUGGAAGGAAUGCAACUAGCAAUGAGGAGGCAAGCUCAUCAUCUACUCCCUGCUCCAAGUUGAUUCAGAAUUUUGUUGGGAUGGGAUUUCCAAGAGAACUAGUUGCAAAAGCAAUAGAACAAAAUGGAGAAGACUCAGAAUUGAUACUGGAAACUCUUUUGACAUAUUCAGUUCUUGAGAAUUCUUUAAGUGAAAAUCCUUGUGCUAUCUCUCCCCAACACAAGCCAGGUUUCAACAGUGAUGAGAGCUCUUCAGGAUAUAAUGAGAACUUUCUGGAUGACUUGUCUGACACCUACAGUUGGUCAGAGGAUGAUGAGGAAAAUGCAGAUUCCUUAUCUGACAAGGAGAGAAGACUAUUGGACCUCACAAAUAUGGGUUACCCAAUGGAGGAGGCUUCACUAGCUAUGGACAGAUGUGGUCCAGAAGCCACUGUGGCUGAAUUGAUAGAUUUUAUCUCUGCUGCUCAAGUGGCAAAGUCAGAAUCUUUCUAUUGGCAAGAAGAUGAUAUCAAGCCAAAGUUGAAGAAUCCAUCUAAUGCAAAUGAUAGACAUAAAAGGAGGAAGCUAUAUAACUAUGAGUUACAAAGAAAGAAAAGACAGACAGGUGUCUUUGAUGAAGAUAAUCAACCACUUCGCCUGCCAAAACCAAUGGUUGGGUUUGGUGUACCGACUGAGACCUGUCCUACAUUUCAGGGAAGGACUCUUUCCAGUGAAGCAACUGGUCCUCCCUAUUUUUAUUAUGAGAAUGUCGCUCUAGCACCAAAAGGUGUCUGGGAAACUAUGACCAGACACCUGUUUGAUGUUGAACCAGAGUUUGUUGACUCCUUGUAUUUUAGUGCUGCUGCAAGGAAGAGGGGAUAUAUACAUAAUUUGCCUAUUGAGAACCGAUUCCCUCUACUUCCACUUUCCCCACGCACCAUACAUGAAGCAUUGCCCUUAACAAGGAGAUGGUGGCCUGCAUGGGAUUAUCGCACCAAACUUAACUGCAUACAAAGUGCAGUUGGAAGUGCAAAACUAACAGAAAGGAUCCGCAAUGCCUUGGAAGAUACUGUUGGUGAGCCACCUUUGGCAGUGCAGAACUAUGUUCUUGAAGAAUGCCGAAGAUGGAAUCUGGUUUGGGUGGGACUGAACAAAGUAGCCCCUCUAGAGCCUGAUGAAGUUGAAAUGCUUUUAGGGUUCCCAAAGAGCCACACAAGAGGGAUAAGUAGGACGGAUAGAUACAAGGCACUUGGCAACUCAUUCCAGGUUGACACAGUGGCGUAUCAUCUCUCAGUAUUGAAGGAAUUAUAUCCUAAAGGUAUCAAUGUACUGUCACUCUUCUCCGGGAUUGGGGGUGCUGAAGUGGCUCUCCACAGACUUGGCAUCCAUUUGAAGAACGUAGUUUCUGUUGAAAAAUCAGAAGUCAGUAGGACUGUGAUGAGAAGCUGGUGGGAGCAAAGUAACCAAACCGGUAAUCUUAUCGAGUAUGGUGACAUAGAAGGGUUGGAAAGGGAUGAGAUAAAGCGAGUAAUGGCUUCAGUUGGGGGAUUUGAUCUAGUGAUUGGGGGAAGUCCAUGCAAUAACCUUUCAGGGAGCAACAGGGUGAGCAGAGAUGGAUUAGAGGGUAAAGAAAGUUCUCUUUUCUUUGAAUAUGUUCGUGUUUUGAACGUAGUUAAGGAUAGACUCUAGUCUAAUUUUGUUUGACUAAUACUGAAUUCUCGAGUCUUAACUCUAGCUUUAAGUAGGCCAGCUAGACAGCUAGGUUGUUUUCAUAUGUAUAUACUCUCUACAUACGGACAUGGUUUUAUCUCAUUUUCACCGGAAAU